UGACCCGGAAUCAUCAAUCACUUUUCUGUCGAAAUAUUUCUMAUCACGGAAUCUCCGACAAAAAACAUCUCAUGCAUAGAAAGUCUCAACCAGUACACAACUCCAUCGCUGAUAGAAGUAGUCUGAACUAUCGGAAGUGUCCAUAGCAGCAAUUCGGCAGUAAUUGGGUGGUCGGRGGUUUAUCAUAGGAAAACGUCAGUUCACUACGGCAGCGUCAAUGGUAUCCAAUGAGACGAAAUCAACAKGUUGUGGGGGAAACGGCCGUGUUGUACGCCGCGGUGUGGAUUUGAAUAGAGAUUCUCAACCAAAUCCAACGACGAAAACCAACGAAUUAGUUUCGGAACCCACCGURUAUCUUACCCUGGGAGAUGGAGAUUUUACAUACUCUUUGGACCUGACUAGGUAUAUGGCGUCAUCGACAAAAGAGCAGCCUGUGAAACUUAUUCUCACUGGUAUCGACACAUUGGAAACACUGAUAUCCAAGUACAAAGAUUCACCAUCCAUUCUGGAGGAAAUAAAAGUUCAAGGAGAACAAGUCCCUUCACUUGAGCUUUCGAUUCGACAUGGCGUUAAUGCCAUUGUGACGAAUCCGAAGGGUAAAGAGGAGGCGAAAAUGCGGACGCAGGAUGCCGCCGAUCACGUAGUUUUUCACCACCCCCAUCUUGGAACAGAAAACUGCGCUAUGCACCAACGAUUCCUGGCCCAUAUGUUCCAUUCAGGAACAAAUUAUUGGAUGAAAGAAAAUGGUGGACUYUUUCACUUGACCUUGGUGGAAGGCCAGUACCUUCGAUGGAAAUGUCAGGAACAAGCUGAACGGCAUGGGUUGGAGUUGUUGCAUCAGACAACUUUCGCUCCUCCACCGGUAUCGGAUKAUACUAUCGCAAAAGCAGCAAAAAACAAAGGAAMUGCUUUCAAUAACAAUAGAUAUCACUAUCGCCGGCACCAAACAGGAAAAUCAUUCAAAACUCGUCGACCAAACAGCAAGAGCAUAACGUAUACCUUUGGAAGGAUCGUCGACAAGGGCACUUACGUGACAACUCAUCUUCCAUGGCAACCAUUGAAUUCCUCUUCACAAGAUACAGUUAAGAAAAAAUCCGAAACAAAAGAAUUGAAUCCCCAGUUAUCGAUGUUAUCRUGUCCAUUUUGYGACAAAACAUUUAUGGAAAAGCGGUCUCUCAAAUGCCAUUUACGCGACAAGCACGCAGAUAUGGAACAUGAGAGGAGUCAUMUAGAACCGCCCAUCAAGAAGAAAAARCUUGGAACGGGCGACACKUGCACAUUAGCAACAACAGAAAAACGGGAUAUUCCAAYAAUCUCAUGCACGCAUUGCUCAAGGACAUUCCAAAGCACCAAGGCAUUAGAAGACCACGUACGAGCCAAACACUCAGCUAUCAAUACCUAUAUUGCACCAGAUUGGGCGAUUGCAAAGCAGAAGGAAAUCGACACAUUAGAUAGUGGUUUAUUGAAGGGCAAAGCUGAUUCUUCAAAUGAGGAAGGAAUCGACAAYAAAUACGACGAAUGCCAUAUAUGUGGCCUAAAACUCGUUGGGAAAAAUCUGUCCCAACACUUCGAAGACUUUGUUCCCAAGGAAGGAAUUGAAACAUUUUCGUGCGAUUUCUGUUCCAAACCCUUUAGAGAGGAACGGGCAAAAUUGCAGCACAUGAACUUUUGUAAGAAGCGACCGCAGUGAUUUGCUUUUGAUACUUAUCAGAUUACGAAUGUAUACGAAGUGUAUCUAUCGCUCGCUUAAUUUCAUUAUGAUCAUCAUACUGCAAUUACCAUGGUAAAGUCAUGAUUCUCAACCCAWUGAGGCAAGAUUGAACGAAGUGCUAUCAUAACUYAAUCGACCUGAAAGACCAAAACAACUGGUUGUGCCUCAUCCCUACACGAAACUCCAAGAUGGAAAUUAGACGCGCAUACUUUUUGCUUUGCUUUGCAUGUAUGGUUUUUAUUCUACAAACGAAAUGGUCCACAACUUCUUUCCAUCCCAUACGCACAAUGUUUCGCAUUUUUGGGGGACCUUCUCCAUGAAGACUAAGUCUGACUGAUUUCCAAGUGCCAACCAGCGAUUCCAGAUAUUACACCACAACCAACCAUCAGCAAUCUAAAGUCCUUUAUAUUGAAAAUUUCUUCGCCCCGCCUCCAAUUAUUGCACUACGAACAUAAUUACGAGAGAAUUUGAUUCAUGCAUUGGUCUCUUUUCGUCUCUCUAGUUCCCUACAGAGCCGAUUACGGAGUACAAGUAACUAUGAAAAGAAUCAAAAUCUGAUCAUGUA